AUGUACAUGAGUUAUUUUUCUCUUGAUUUAUGUCCUACGGGUUUGGAUAGGGUACCAGGAAUUGUUGCUGAGAAGAAAAAGCCUGCUGCUGGAGUUCCCUUGGCCGGAGUUGGUGAGACCAUUUGCAAAUUUCCAUCAGACCCAACUGUGGUUUUAGGGAGUCUAUCAGUUGUAGCUCCUUUCAUCUGCACUGGACUUGGAUUCGUUUCUGUGUUUUAUCCUUACAAAAAUGAAUGUUGUGUGAUAAAUUCUUUCUUUGUGUGGUCUAUUGAUGUGUGGGCAACAAUCUCAGAAAGCCUUCACCACAUGAACAAUGUGCAUCAAUCAAAAGACUAUGCCUGCCCUACAGCCAAGACUGGGUUAUUUGGAGGAGCUGCAUUUCUCUGCCUCAAUGCAAUGGUGUUUUGGUUAAUUUUCCAAAUGUUGACACACAAUGCUAGAGAGGACUACCUCAAAAUAAGGGUGAUUAUGGACAGGUUCUUGCUACCACCGAUUACGAAGCCAAGCUAA